AUGAUGAUUAAAAAAAAAAUGCCUAUUAAAUAAGUACCAUUAAAUUUUAGUUAAAGUAAAAUAUAUAGUGAUUGAUUAGACAAAAAAUAAUUUUGGGAAGAUGUGUUAAAAGAUCAAAAAAUAACUAAUUUGCCUUAAUUUAAUGAAUAAGACAAUGAAUAAUAAUCAAUUUCUACACCAAGAAAUGAACACAUUAUUUAAUAAUACUGGUUUCUCUAAAAGUUCUUUCUCUAAUAUACUCUUUUAAAUUAUACGCAUCUAUUUCACUUUAUGACUUUUUUAAAAAAAGAAUGGCAAUUAUUUACAUGUAGAAAUUAGUAAUUCCAUUGGAAUAUAUUCUUAUUACCACUAAUAUUUUAUUAAUUAUCAGCAUAUGUUUCAUUCAAAAUAGAAAACAUGGGGUUACUAAUAAUUGGAUUAGUGAUCUUUAGCAGUUUAAAUUUAAUGAUUAGCAUAUUAUAUAGACCAAAAUAAAAUCUUGAUCAACAUAUGCAUGAAACAUGUUUAAGGCUUGAAAAAUUAAGAGAACUUUUUAAAAUAAAUAAAACAAAUAAUUAGGAAGUAAGUGAUGAAAUUGAAAAAUAAAGUGAUUAUUAGUAAUAAGAAUUUAUUGGUAACAUAAUAAAAACUACUCAAAAUUAUUAUCCAAAUUUAAUAUCCUAUAGUAAUUUACUUUAACAUAAUAUUUAGCCAAAAUGGUGCUUGACAAUAUUUGGGUUAAGCUUUUUAUUAUCAUUUUAAAUAUAUGACAUAUAUUGGGAAUUUACAUUUAGUUGGCUGUAUGGUCUACUAUUGGAAUAAUUUUUUAGAGUAUCAUUUUGUAUUAUUUAUUCAAAAAGAUUAAGUUCUAAAUGGAUUUUGCAAGGGCCUGAUUAAGUUUAUUUAGAAAUGUAAAUAUUAGCUGAAUUUUAUAAGCCUUUAAUGCUGAUAUCUAAAAGUCCAUAGAAAUAUAUAAUGAAUGAUACACAUGUCAACAUUAGUGGAAUGAGUAAGGAUUAAUCAAAUUUAAAUAUUCUAAAUCAUAACUCGACACAUGAUUUAAUUCAAAAUAAAAAUCAAAUUUUAAGAAUUACGUCUGCAAAUUUAGGAACAAUUGAAGACACAAAAUUAGAUAUAACAGAAAAUGUUAAAGAAUUACCUAUUUUAGAUUCUGAUUAAGCAUUGGAUACAGAAUAAAAUAACAAUAAGCAAAAUUUAAAUUAAUAAACAGAAAUGGAUACAUAACCAGAAGAGUUAUAAUUUAAAAAAAAGAAGGCUUAAAGAGUAAAAUUAGAUGCUUUGUAUCAUUCUAAAGUAACAAAUAGAUCUCCAAAACCAAAUUUACCUAAACCUUAAUUUUAUUCAAGCUAAAAGAAUAAAUAAAGUUAAGGAGUAGAAAAUUAAUAAUAAGAAUAGGAGGAGAUGUUUUUGUAGCAUUAAGAUUUUGAUGAAGCUCAAAAAGAAAAUGUAAAUUGUGAUUUAAUUGAGUUCUAAGAAAAUGAAAGCAAUUCUAUUCCUCAAUUUAAUCCUAUUGAUUUUUAAAAAAAUAUUAGUCCAAUAGGAUCAGAGCUUUUUUAAAGAAAUGAAAUUCCUCAUUAAUGGGAAGAGCCUGAUGAAGAAGAGGCAUGUAAUUUUAAAUCAUCUUUUAAUAAUGAAUUUUAAGAAGCAGGAUUUGAUGGAGGAAUUAAACAUAAAAUUCUACCAUUAUAAACUAAUAGUAAUAUUAACAAUAGAUCUCCUGCUAAUUAAUCAUUAGCAAGUGGUCCUGGAAGUAAAUUUGGAACUGCUGGAAGAAGAAAAAAUAGUUAGAAAACAUCUAAAGAAGAAGAAGAAAAGUCAUACAAGGAAUCUAAAAGAAUAAAAGUUAAUACUAGAAGUAGAAAAUAAUCUCCAGAUAGAAAAAAUAAAAAAAAUGAAAAACCAAGAGGACAAUCUAUGAAAGUAAGAACCAAUAGAAAUGAUGAUAUUCCAACUUUAAACUUUGAUAGCGCUAGAUUUAAGUCUCCUUAUUUAGAUUUCUUCCCUGGUGUGAAAGAUUCUUCAUAACAAUAAAAAACUUAAAGAAAAUAAAAUAUCAGUGGCAAUAAGCAGAAAAUUUAAUAAAUCAUUCAAUCUUAUGAAAAUAUUUAAACAUCUAAUGAACAUAGAAAUGUUGAGUGA